GUUCGUAGUAACUUCGUACAGCUCUUCUCCGUCCUCGACCUCCUUUGGCGAACUAACCGGACCACCCAAACAACCGGCGCAGGCACUCCGAUCUGGAACUCCUUUACAAGUAGCCACUUGCCUGUUGCACGAGGUGCAAGAUCUUUGGAUUCCGCGCGAACUCGUCGUUUGCCCGGAGGGAGACAUCAGCGCACCUCGACAAUGGGGCGCAUGUCAAACGGUCUAACGGUGGACUGCCCUUUUCCGUUCACCGAGCUCAGGGAGGACUAAACCCGGUUACGUGGGCCUUCGAUAAGUCAUCACCGUCACAUCCCGAAGCAAUCCUUCCGGGCAAAACCCCCCAUCCAAAUGUUUGCGAGGUCAGUGUUCACUCUCGCCCAGCUUGCGUUUCCCUUCGGAUUGCUCAUCGUCGGGAAGCGAACAAAGCACAGCGGAGUCCUCUCGGGCAGGAGUCCGCACGGUGGGGAUAGAGACUGGCACGUCAACAUCGGCAGCAAUAUGCGGGCCCCCGCCGCCCACCCCCCGACGCGCUGGCGGUAUCGGCAGAACCCGGGCAGACUGGAUACUAGCAGCAGCAACCACCCACGUCCGCCAGCUUCACCCUCCGCCGAAUAUGGCGGUCGUCAAGAAGGCCGUUUGGAGGGCGAGAAAGGAUCUACGGUCCUUAUAUUCCCCAUCAUGGUCAUUGCUCAAGUAUCCCUCCCGCCGCAACCGAAAGCAGAGUGGAACCUCCAGAACCCUUUAAUGGACUGAAUACAAGGAAAAAAAUGAAAAUUUUCUUGUAUUCAGUCCAGUAAGUGAUGCAAUUCAUUCUCACCCGGGUACCUCGAUUGCUCGAAAUGGCUUUCUCGGAAUGGCCCGAUCGCUAAUCGGAUACGCGGUCUUCCUCUGAGCGCGCACCCGGAUGAUUGCUGUUAUCAUCGGAACGGGCAACAAACUGGGGUAUUUCCCCAGAGAGGUCAUGAAAAACGCUGUGGCUUAAGGAAAGGGUGGGUUGGUUUUUGUCUUGAUGAUGGGAUCAUAUGUCGUGAUGGCAGGUCUCCGCUGCUGGGCCUUGUUCAACCCCAACCAUGUCGAGUUUGGUGGGAUUUUGAAUUG